GGCACGUGAACGCAGCACUCCUGGUAGUUUCUGCGCGCUCGCAGCGGAGCAGCGGUCCAGUCAGCAGCACGGCCUGAAAACAGAAGAUAACUAGAAAAUGCCCGUGGAUCUGAGCCAGUGGUCCGGGCCCCUCGCCUUGCAGGAGGUGGAGGACAAACCUGCGGCGCCUCUGACCGUCAAAUACGGCUCUCUGGAGAUCGACGAGCUCGGCAAAGUGCUCACCCCGACGCAGGUGCAGAAUCGACCCACCUGCAUCGAGUGGGAAGGAUGUGACCCCAGUAAACUGUACACUUUGGCCCUGACCGACCCUGACGCCCCCAGCAGGAAAGAUCCCAAGUUUAGAGAGUGGCACCACUUUCUGGUGGUCAACAUGAAGGGGAACGACGUCUCCUCUGGGUGUGUCCUGUCCGACUACGUGGGAUCGGGUCCUCCCAAGGGUACAGGUCUGCACAGGUACGUGUGGCUGGUGUACGAGCAGCCGGCCAGCCUGUCCUGCUCGGAGACCGUCCUCACCAACCGAUCUGGAGACGGUCGCGGCAAGUUCAAGCUCCAGACUUUCAGGAAGAAGUACAACCUGGGGGCGCCGGUGGCCGGGACCUGCUACCAGGCUGAGUGGGACGAUUAUGUGCCUAAACUGUAUGAGCAGCUGGCGGGAAAAUAAGGGGCAAGGACCCGCAGCACGAGUGUUUCACAGCAGGGUUCAUCCACUGGAAAUGUUCUGUUCUUUUAAGGAAAAAAAAAGCUGUUUUACGCCACUUUUUGUGUUUUAACCUGCGUUUCUGUAAGCUGUUAUAAGAAAGACACCUUCUCAAAAUGGAAUCAGUUCUUCUACCUUGCAAUAAAGUUUUAAAACACGG